CUCUCGCCCCGCCCGUCUCUCUGUCCGCUGUUAUGAAACUGGCUCGCAGCCGCCAUGUGUUUUGUAACCUUCUGCCAGGCCGCAGCCAAUGAGAAGUGGCGGGGCCGAUCACAUGACACGCCUGCCGUGCUUGUCUUUAUGUAAGGUCUGGCAGUAGUGUUGGGAGCGGACACUAGUGCUGGUAUGUGGUACGGUGGCUGCCAGGGAUACAGCUAGACAUGUCGUCUCCGACCGGAGCUCGCUGCGGGGUGGCCGCCGUGAAGGAGGCGCUGGAUACGUCGAGGCCAUUACAGCUGGACGCUCUGCUCGAGUGUUUGUUGCGGCAGUAUCGCGACGGCGCUGCUGUGAACGAGGGCGACGGGACCUGGCUGGUGUGUCCGGGAUGCCGGGGCUUUCUGAGGGAGCCUGUGACCAUCCAGUGCGGGCACAGCUACUGCUGGCAUUGCCUGCGGGGAGAACAUCGGAGACGCUGCCGCCUGUGCCAUGGAGAGCCGGGCCGCCCGCCCCGCCGGAGCAAUGUGCUGCUGAAACAGCUUUCCGACAAAUGUGACCCCGGGAGGAGCGGACAGCACCGGGACAUCGCUGAGUUGCUGGAGGCCGGAGAAAACCGGGAAGCGCUGGACACCGUCCGCCUGGCCAUCAGCGCAGAUCCUAACGAUUUGAUCCUGCGUGUUUACAGAGCUGAGUCCUUUGCUGCACUCUCUGAAUUUGGGAAAGCUCUACAAGAACUGGACUUUGUCCUUUCAAAACAGCACAACUGGCCAGAGGUGCAUUACAGAAAAGCAAAAAUACUACAGGGCACAGGAAAUCUGUAUGAAUCAUUAACCUGUUAUCUUCAGUGCUUGGGAUUAGAUGAGGAGUUUACAUCUGCAAGAACAGAGAUAGAAAAGAUUCUUCAUGACUUCCUGUCACCUGGACAAGAGACAGUUGAAGGUAUACUGAAGGACCUUGAAAUGACAACUUUGCCAAAUUUACCAUUGAAACCUUUUGUGUUGGGAUCAGAGAAGAGUGAAACUACAUAUCCUAUGCAGCCAUGUUUGAAGGAGGAUGAAGGUACUGAAAGAACAGUGAAGAGCACCAGCACAUCCAGCAGUGGUUUACACCGUGCACAGUCUGUGCACACCCUGCACUAUGAUCAAAUUGCCAGUGAAGACCGAUUAAAAAGGGUGUCUUCAGAGCCUUUCUUGUCCUGCGAGGAGAAUGGCAUAUUACUAAAAAGAAAGUUCUCUCUUUCUGAGCAAGACACAAGCAUGUGUGAAGAUGGUCCAAAGAAGCACAUAAAGCAAGGAGCGGUGUCUGAUCCAAAUUCAGCUAUGGCAGACGACCCAAACAUAUAUGCCUUGAUUGAUGGCAGUGAUUUUGAGUGCUCCCUUUGUAUGAGGUUGUUUUAUGAACCUGUUACUACGCCUUGUGGACAUUGCUUCUGUAAAAAGUGCUUGGAGCGCUGCCUGGAUCACACACCUCAGUGUCCUUUAUGUAAGCAGAGCUUAACAGAGGUGAGAGAUAUGAGAUACAAUGUAACCUACCUACUGGAGGGAUUAAUCAAGCAGUAUCUUCCUGAACAGCUGUCCGAGAGGAAAAAAAUUCAUGAAGAGGAAGCACUUGAAUUAUCAAAUUUAACUCUAAAUGUGCCUAUGUUUGUAUGCACCAUGGCAUAUCCUACUGUGCCUUGCCCACUGCAUGUUUUCGAGCCCCGUUAUCGGCUGAUGAUUCGAAGGUGUAUGGAAAUUGGUACAAGGCAAUUUGGAAUGUGCAUCAGUGAUUCAGAAAAAGGUUUUGCAGACUAUGGUUGCAUGCUGCAGAUCCGCAAUGUCCAUUUCUUGCCUGAUGGACGGUCCGUGGUUGAUACUAUUGGUGGAAAGAGAUUUCGGGUUAUAAAAAGAGGAAUGAAGGAUGGUUAUUGCACUGCGGACAUUGAAUACCUAAUCGACAUUCAGGUUGGUGCGGAAGAACUCCAGCAACUCCAGGAGCUUCAUGAUGCUGUCUACACUCAGGCCUGCCACUGGUUCCAGAAUCUGAGAUACAGGUUCCGCAGCCAAAUCCUGCAUCACUUUGGCUCCAUGCCGGAGAGGGAGGGCAAUAUACAGGUAGCCCCAAAUGGACCAGCCUGGUGCUGGUGGCUUCUAGCUGUAUUGCCUGUGGAUCCUCGGUAUCAGCUCUCUGUUCUGUCCAUGAGCUCACUAAAGGAUCGUCUCCUGAAAAUCCAGCACAUAUUGACUUAUUUUUCCAGAGACCAGUCCAAAUGACUAACCGCCUGGAGCUUCCUGAAAACCUACCCAGCCCUGACUGUGAUCACAGCUGCAGUUUUUGCUGUCUUUGCACAUUUGACCUUUGCUUGAGCCAAUUGGACUAUUGUGGAUCUCCACCAGAUGGAACUACAUGUAUAAAAGACAAGUGUGAAAUAACCGAAUGCUUUUUGGUUACAAAACUUGUAUUGCACUAUGUAUAAAGUUGUUUUUUUAUUUUUAAAUGAUGUAAAUUAACUUAGUUUAUUUUGAAUCGAUGAUGCUUCCAAGUGUGUCCUUAUUUGCUGCUUUCAGUCCAUGAUGUUAUUGUGAAUGGAGAUUCUUCUCUCCCCGGCUCUGUUUUCUGAUUUAUCUAUGCAGUAUUUGUGUCUUCGCUGUUGUUGGUUUGCAUCUCUUAAAGGAUAUUGCGCAUGUUUGUCAUUUUUUACAUUUGUGGCAAUAUUAAAACAGAAAAUGAAUUGGAAACUUAACAGGUUUGUCUUCUCGAUGCUAAAAUGUGAACAGGUAAAUGGUCA